GACCGCCUCUAAAACGAUGAGUGGAGAGAUAUAAAUGUGCCGAGUUGACAACUAAUUGCAUACCCCUCGCAACCACAUAACGUGAAUCUGAGGACUUUCUGGUCUGGGAAAAGACGGUGCACAAGAUUUCUGCAUCAUAAGAAGGUUUGCUGUAAAAACACCGACUACAAACCGAACUUGGGUGGUCUAGAAAACUGUCAGACUUAAAAUAAAGGAGUUUAGGAGCUUUUACGCUGAAGAAGUGUGAGAUUCAUCUCCAGUGGUGACUUCGCAGUGUGUUGACUGCUGUGAAAUAGAGCGAUCUCCGUCCGUGCGGGAAACAAGUGAUUGAGUGGCUCUCCCAAAGGAAGCAGAUUAUAGCCCUGAAAUUGACGCUAGACAAGAGCUAGGUGUUAAAUUGAGUUUGCAUGGCUAUGGAACAGCUGAGAAAAGGCGAUUUAUCCGCGAAGGAUAUCGUUGAAGAGUGCACAGGAAUGGAGACAGGAAACCUCUCGAGUGCUGACACGAUGACCGUUCCGAUGAACGGACACAAGGAAAUAACUACCGAUACAUCAUUGAUGUACCGUUCAGGAAAUUUUCAUCAGGUUGCCAUCCAAUCCUCGCUCUUCUCAGUCGAUAUAAAGAGUCCCGAACCGAAACGAAACCACAUCACGGGUAAAUCCAACAUGCAGUCGCGAAGCAAGCCUUAUCUCUCUGAAGAAGUAAAGCCGCCAUUUUCAUACAUCGCGCUGAUCGCAAUGGCUAUUGACAGCUCUCCGUACCGCAUGAGAACCCUGAAUGAAAUCUACGAAUUCAUCAUGAUGCAGUUUCCAUAUUUUCGGAGCAAUCAGCAGAAGUGGCAGAACUCCAUUAGACACAAUUUGUCUUUAAACGACUGUUUCAUUAAAGUUCCCCGGAGUUAUUUUGGUAAGCCAGGUAAAGGGAAUUAUUGGACCUUACAUCCAGGCUCAGGGGAUAUGUUUGGAAGCGGGAGUUUCCUGCGCCGAGCUAAGAGGUUUAAGUGUCGUCCUCCACAGAAACCCAACGAGCCGGCAUUUGUGCGCAAGGUUAAUUCCAAUCAUCAUUUUAACUUGUUCGUGGACGAGUUCAGCCAGCAACUUCGAAGUUUGCACUUUCCAACCUACUGUGACCUUAACGCAAUACCUCACAGGAUCAGCCCUGGAGAAUCUUGCGCAACACCGUCUGUACAUUCGCAGCUUUCUCCAAUACAAAACAUCCAUCGCCCGACCGCGCGCUAUGCCUCGUUAGACGGUGUUCGGCGCCUUCACGCCGGUGCGUUUCAGCCCGUCCAACAAACCUCCAAAUCUCGACGAAGCGGCAGUUUUAUGAUAAGCGAACUGAUCGAGCAAAAACCUCUAGAAACGACUGAGUGAGAGGUAGAAUUAGCCUACUAGUAUUUUAAGAGAAGGACCGAAUUGAUGCGGCUCAAACUGCCCUUGCAAGCCUCUAGUUCCCUACGAACAGCAAAACCAAUGGAGAUUGAGGAACUCAGGUACUUUAAAAUGAGGCGAUAUUGCGAACAAAUUGCUUCUAUUAAACAUUAUCAAUAUUUGAUAGUCACUCAGAAGAUAUUCAGCUGUAUUCAGUUCCCAAAUCAUUUAUAUAAUUUGUCUUAAGUCUCGUUUUAGAGAUGGGAUAUUUGGAGAGCACAAAAAGCAACCGUGAUGAAUCAAAGAAGAAAAACGAUUACCUUAGGUGUUAAAAUAAUUAACUAGUUUUUUGCAGGCAUUUUUCUCAUCACUGAAUGAUACAUACAAAAUGUUUUUUGUAUUGAAACAAUUAGCAAAGAUAAUUACACAGUGAAUUUUGCUUUUUAUCCUAAUGUUUUCACCAAACUGGCAUUCAAUAGGCGCGAAGCUAUUGAUUUGUUAAAUAAUCAUUUAAAUUAAAUCUAUUCUGUUAGCCGUCAAGAGCAAACAACAUGUUUGCGGCGUUAGUACUUCGUAUUGUUCUCCAUUGUGCAGAAGUUUCUUGGCGCGUGAUGAUCGAUGCUUUUCUGACGAUUUUGCCAUGUGCCGAGUCAAGGUACCCAUAAUGAGCUUCAUCGGUCAAAAUUCAGUUCAAUUUUAUUUUCAAUGAUUAUCGACUGAGUUUUUCAGCUUCAAGUUCUUGAUCUGAAAUGCUGUCAAUGUUAUUUAUAUUAAUUACUAGAGGAUUAAAAACUCGGUUGUACAAGAAAACAAAUUUAAUUUAGAAGCAGGAAGGAUGUCCUGGACAUCACAGUUUGUACAAGUUUUCGUUAACACACCACAAUCUUACAUUAUACAAAACGAAACAAUUAACCUCAGGAAUUUUUAUGACGUUGGUUGUACCUCCCUCCCUCUUAGUUGUAAUAGCUUGAAAUAAUAUAGGUGAAUACUAAUCGAGUUACACGAGCUAUUUUCCGCUAGUUUUUGAAUAGAAAUAAUCGUUGAAUAAACGAGAGCAAAAGCUCAGUUUUAAAUGGAUCAUUACGAAUCUAAUAAAGCUCCCUUGAAAGACAGAAA